AUGUCGAGUCAGUUCGAACCGUCCGAAGCCGCCGAGCCCGCCCAGCCCUGGAGCGUAGCGCUGCUGUCACAGCGAGAUCUCGCUCUCGCAAUCCCCAUCAAUUACGUGACCCAACCGGCCGUAUCCCUUACCGAGGGCUGCUUCGCAAAGAGGCAGUACGAUGACGCCGCCACGCGGCGAUGUCUCUCCAAUUUGCUAGCCGUCGGCUUCAAGCGUUUUAUUAUCGAUCUCUAUUGGGAUGCUGGCCGCGGUCUUUGGAGCCUUUGCCCGGUGCAGAUCCCGGAAUCGGCCUCGAAUGACGACGAUGCCACGCUGGGCAUCAUCUCUUCGACGGCCGAUGCUUCGCUGUCCUCGGUGGCCAUGGCCACGGGCAGCCUGCAGGCCCGCCAGGCAACAGCAUUGUCUGGCUCUGCCCUGGGCUCUGCGACUCGGACUGUGUCUCGCACCCGCUCUAGCACUGCCUCUAGUGCACAGGCAAGCCCAACGAGCGUAUUUCAAGCCAGUCCGUACACGUGCUCGGCCUCAUUAAACGUCUCGACAAUCGCUUCGCUCUUUGCAGACUAUCUCGAUGACACCGCGGACACCAUCAAUGCCUCGCUUAUUUACCUCAUUUUCAACAUCCACGCUGCAGCGUCAAAUUCGAGUUCCUCGGUUGCUGCAACGGCGCCGGCGCAUCGGCAGAUGCCCACAGCGAACACCACCCUUUCUAAUGUUUUGAGUGCUGAUCUAGCCUCCUACUUGUAUACCCCGGGCCAGUUGCAAGGAGAUCGCGAAAAUCUUAAUGCCACUUGGUUUAACAACGAUGUCACAACGGACCAGGCACUGAUCCCUGCGUUGAGAUAUUUGGAUACGGUUAGAGACGACAAUGACAUAAUGUCUACUGUUGAUGGAUGGCCCGGCGAGGGCGUCCUAGAGUUUGGCCCUGACCACUAUCGCUUAUUGACAUCCUUUGGUCGAAUCGAUCCGCAGAUGGAAGCUUACGACAUUAAGGCUGACGACGGUAUCAUCUUUCCCAAGGGGACUUUCGAAUCCAUUCAAAACAUUGCUUUGAGCGAUUCGGGUAACGUCACCACCGGUUGUUUUUUCGAUGAAAGCGUGGACUAUCUGACUGGCUCAACGAACUCAUCUUGGGCAAUGUCUGCGAAUUUUCCAGCGGAGGGCUCUAUGCCUGCACAGUACUAUACGUCCUCACCGUCUGUUUCCAAUAUCACUGCAUGCGGCAUUAGUCCGCUACUUAAUCAGUCGCUGUCCGAAACAGCAGAUGUUUCGUACGAGCCUUAUCAGGCCAUGGUCUACAGUUCGAUCUGGAGCUGGGCAGACAACGAACCACGAAACGUAACCAACAACGUCGACAACGCUGUGUAUCUCCGCUGCGCAACAAUGCGAGCCUCCACUCACGGCCGUUGGGUGCUCACCGACUGUACUGAGCAACAUAAUGCAGCAUGCCGCGUCAGAGGCGACGCACCAUUCCAAUGGCGCAUUAGCGACCCAGCGGAGAGCUACACCGACUCAAAGUCGAUUUGUCCUGAGAACACUGCGUUUGAUGCACCACGCACCGCGCUCGAAAAUUCUUACCUUUUUGCAGCUUUACAAGCACGCGCUCGCGAAAACCCGGGUGACUUUGGUGCUGAUGCUGCCGUCUGGGUUAAUUUCAACAGCCUGCAAGUGACAGACUGCUGGGUCGUCGGCGUGGAUGAGAACUGCCCGUACGACCUAGCCUCGACCCAGGACGAAAAUCGAUUGGUCAUUGUGCCGACGGUGGCGGCAGUCAUCGUCUUCGUAUGCGCUGUGUUGACUGUGUUUGUGAAGUGUGCUGGAAAUAGGCAAUCGAGUAGGAAAAUCAGGAAGCGCAGGCUGCAAGAGGGAUGGGAGUAUGAGGGCGUCCCCUCAUGA